CAAAUCUUGCUAGAAAACUCUAUGGACAACAUCUAGUUUCUAACAUCACCAUCAAGUACAUGAAUACUAAUGUGAAAAGGAAGCCAUCUAAAGCAUUGACUUUCUCCUUUCAUGGAGGAUCUGGUACUGGAAAAACCUAUGUUAGUAGCAUCAUUGCCGAGAGCAUAUACAAGAAAGGAAUGCGGAGCAAGUAUGUCCAUUUCAUCUCUGGGACAGAAUUUUCACACAACCAAUAUGUUCCUGUGUACAAGGAGGAGCUUAAAAAAAACUCAGUCAUUGAAAGUAGUGUCGCACAAUGUUCCCGGUCCUUGUUUUCCUUUGUUGAUGAAAUUGACAAGAUACCACCAGGAUAACUCGACAUUCUAUAACCGUAUAUUGAAAAUCAUGAGCAAUAUGAUGGGAUCUUAUCGUUUGUACGAUGCCUUUUUUCAAUUAUUUUUUUUUUUUACAAAGAUGGAUUCUACGAAAGUCUGAUUAUUUUCAAGAACCUGAUAACAGCCUAUGUCCCAUUCCUUCCGUUAGAGAAAAAGCACAUCAGAAGUUGCAUUAUUGAUAUCUGAUCAUAAAAGAAUAGUAUAACGAAAGAGAACAAAUUCCAGAAGAUAUUUGGGAUACAUUUUCCAGAGAACUGCUCUAUUAUCCAGAGGACGAGGAAUUAUUCUCUGUAUCUGGAUGCAGACGUGUCCCAGAUAAAACACAAUAUGUAAUGGACGACUUUUAAUGCCACAAUUAUAUUUCUUGAUAUUAAUUAUGUUAAUUUUAGAUUGUUAACUUGUACUCCGCAUUGAAAAUUUGAAUAUAUAUAU